AUGUCCGCAGCGAGGAGGUCAGGAUCCGCGGGACAUAACCCGGGCGUCUUGAAGCAGUCAUCCCUUCUGUUUCUGCCGGUGAUCAUGACCGGAGUUGUGGUCUACUUUAGCAUCUGGGAUGCGGCUUUUAUUGUUGGUGGAGCCCCAGAUCUUUCAGAGACCGUGUCUGGAGGAAAGACCUCUCAGCCCCUUUAUGUUGGGGCAACCCUGGAGGCUUGGCGGAACGGUUCUCUGAGCGGGAGGCAAUUGCACGCUGAGUUGGGGCUCAAAGAUGCUGUGAUUCCCGCCAUCUACAACUGUUUCAGUGAGCGGUAUCCGCUGCUUGACAGAUCAGAGGGGCAGCCGUGCUUUUACUUGAGGACUCCGAUCCCGGUGAUAGGGACCAACACGGUGAACAACCCUGCAAUGCUCCGCCGGCUCGUCCUCAGCAUUGACGUUCCCGUGCAAGUCAUAGUCAUCGUUGUGAACACCAUUCCUGGGGAAGCAGGGAAGCAGGAUGAGCUGGAUAUGCUGGCGGCUAUAGACGAGCUGCAAGAGCUGAUCGGGAGGAGCUUUUUCAAGGUCGUGAGAAGCGGGUGCAACCGGGGCUGUGCCGGAGGAUGGAACACCAUCGUUCACUCUACCCUGGAUUCCCCUUGGUGGCUUAUCAUUAACGAUGACGCAGCGUUCGUUCCCGGCGCACUGCGCACGCUCUACGACUACGUCAGCAGCAACCCCAACGUGGCUUUCUACAAGCUGACGGCAUACCAAGUGUUCAUCAUAACCCAGCGUGCAGUGGCCGAAGUAGGCGUGUUCGACGAGAACAUCUGGCCAGCAUACGUGGAGGAUUGUGACUACGAUCUCCGAUUGAAGCUCAGCGGUGUGAUGGUCGCUUCCAGGCCGCCCGAGUUUAGUAACAUCCACGGGGACCCAGAGUCGGGCUCUUCAUCCUCGCUUAUAGACACAAGGGGAGGAGGGCACUCGGGUUACGGGCAGCGGAGUAAAUGCUCCCAUUCCAACAACAGAAUCUACUACCAGAAGAAGUGGAAUCUGUCCGUGCCCGGAUGUGGUAGGCAGCUCGAAGGGAUGUUCCAAACGCCUCACGGCAACCCUUCCCGAAAUCUCGACAGCUGGACGUUUGACGAAGAAGUGCGUGCCCGGUCCGAAAGCUGCUGGGAGCCGAGCAACAGAGUAGACAACUGGCUUAGGGAAGAUGCUGCAAGUUACUAUGCCCAAGUGAGCGUCCCGGGGGACCAGCCGGCUUCCAAUUGGGGACAGAAUCUCAUCCGUCUUCAGCCGGAAGAAAGCGAGCUAGACACAAUUAGCGAGGUGCAGUCGAGUGGAGGAAAAGACGACGCUCAUUGCGUCUCUCCUUUUGCAGAGAUAUGA